AUAACCAUUUCUUCUCUGCACAACCUUAACAAUAAUAAUAUCUCUCUUCUAAGUAAAAAAAUGGCAAUGAAUGGUUUGUCCAAGAUGGCUGCAGCCGCCGCAACUGCUCUUCUCCUAGUCCUGACCAUUGUCCCGGCCACAGUAGCUGUGACUUACACGGUGGGAGACGGUCAACAAUGGGACAGUGGUGUGGACUACACAGUUUGGGUUGCCGGAAAGACUUUCAGGGUUGGUGACAUUCUAGAGUUCAAGUAUGGUCGAUCACACUCGGUGGAUGAGGUUGACAAAGCCGGAUAUGAUGGCUGCGACGCCUCCUCCUCGACUGAGAACCAUUUAAAGUAUUUCAUCUGUCCUACACCUGGUCAUUGUGCCAAUGGCAUGAAGCUAGCCGCUACUGUCUUAGCCGCCUCUGCCGGACCUCCGGCCACUCCCACGCCCCCGUCUUCAACUCCGGGAACUCCCACGCCACCGUCUACAACUCCGGGAACUCCUACCACACCGGACUCACCUCCGGCUGGCGGAUCACCCACCACACCCACACCUGAUUCAGGGUCAACUUCUCCUCCUCCACCAAAGCCAAGUGGUGCGUCAAAGGGAGUGAUGAGUUACGUUUUGGUCGGAGUCUCGAUGGUUUUGGGUUAUGCUUUGUGGAUGUAAUUGGUUUAGUGAGCCAGGGUGGAGUCAGUGCUUUUGCUUUUUAAAUUAUUUUGGUCUUUGGUUGUAAGAGAAUUUGGGUAUGUGUGAUACGUCAGAAGCUCUUCAUUAUUCGUAGGAUUUUAUUAUUCGGCAUUUGAUUAUCGUUAUCAUCAUCACAUUACUCACUUAUUGCUGUAAUAAAUUAUUACUUAAUUU